GGUGUCACUGCUGGUUGGGUCCCUCUAGGAGAGAGAAGGAGGGGGUGUCACUGCAGGUUGGGUCCCUCUAGGAGUGUAGUCUGAUCUUCAAAGGAAGGCAUUCUGGUGAGAGAGGAUAUAGAUAUUGCUUGUGGAUGAAGAGAAGGGGAGAUCAGACUACAUGCCAGGACUGAUAAUUGCAUUGCAAUAGUUUUCAGCCUUCACAAACAGCUUCAUUUGCUUGAAAUACGCCAUUUUCAGAUGUAACAUUUCAUACGUACCUUUUCGAAGAAAAAAAAGUGUUAACAUGUACUUUAUAAAGUAUGAACAAGGGAUAAUUAUAUGUUUACAUUCUUAAAACCAUGAUAUUCUGUGUAACGUGAUUGAUAAAAGUCUUCCUUCAGAUUUGUAUGAUGAAAUGUUCUUUUCUUUUACUUUUUUUUCCCUUUUUCUAACACUACAAGUAAGGCCCAUCCUGUAGGUUUUAGUUUUAGUCCUAAUCUUGUGUCUUAGUAGUUUUGGUUUUACCGUUUUGUACUUGUUGGAACAGCCGACUCCUCCCCCUUCUCAUAAAUCUCAGGACGUCUGUAGUAGACUCCAAUGAUAAGUCCAUCAGUUCAGAGACCCGUCUAUCAUUCCUCCCGUAAUUCCUCCUCCGCACCAUCACCACCUCCAACCACAUCACCAUCACCACCUCCAACCACAUCACCAUCACCACCUCCAUCCACAUCACCACCUCCAUCCACAUCACCAUCACCACCUCCAUCCACAUCGCCAUCACCACCUCCAACCACAUCACCACCUCCAUCCACAUCACCAUCACCACCUCCAUCCACAUCACCAUCACCACCUCCAUCCACAUCACCACCUCCAUCCACAUCACCAUCACCACCUCCAACCACAUCACCAUCACCACCUCCAACCACAUCACCACCUCCAACCACAUCUCCAUCACCACCUCCAUCCACAUCACCAUCACCACCUCCAUCCACAUCACCACCUCCAUCCACAUCACCACCUCCAACCACAUCACCAUCACCACCUCCAACCACAUCACCAUCACUACCUCCAUCCACAUCACCACCUCCAUCCACAUCACCAUCACCACCUCCAUCCACAUCACCACCUCCA